CCCUUCCACUCCACCUCGUGUUUUCUUCUCUCUCUCACACUUUCUCUCAGCGUUGAAACUUGAAAUUCUUCUUCUCCGAAACCUCUUUGAACCGGGUCAAGAAAUAAACCUCGCUGGGAACCGUUGAUUGGGUUUGUACGAAUAAUUUGAAAUGAAGAUUCAGUGCAACGUGUGCGAGGCCGCGGAGGCCAAGGUUCUGUGCUGCGCGGACGAGGCAGCACUGUGCUGGGAAUGCGACGAGAAGGUUCACGCAGCAAACAAGCUCGCCAGCAAGCACCAGAGGGUCCCUCUCUCUCUCUCCGCCUCUCACAUGCCCAAGUGUGACAUAUGCCAGGAAAUGGUUGGUUAUUUCUUCUGUUUAGAGGAUCGAGCUUUGCUAUGUAGGAAUUGUGAUGUAUCUAUACAUACAGCAAAUGCCUGUGUCUCUGAUCAUCAAAGGUUUUUGCUUACUGGUGUGAGAGUAGGCCUUGAAGCUACUGAGCGCGGUGCUUCCUCGUCUUCUGUGAAGUCACAGUCUGGGGAGAAAAUGUCUGAUGCUAAAUCUUCAUCCAUCUCCAGAAAUGUUUCCUCACUGCCCCAGCCAUCAAAUGCCAAUGAAGUGUUACCCCUCCAAAUGCAAGGAGUUGAGGAGUUUCCACCAAGCAAUUUCUCAGGUUAUACUUCUGGAAACGUCUCACAAUGGCCCAUUGAAGAAUUUCUCGGAUUAAAUGAACUCAGUCAGUAUUAUAAUUACAUGGAUGGAUCAUCUAAGGCUGACAGUGGUAAACUUGGGGAUUCUGAUUCUUCUGUUUUGAGGUCUGGUGAAGAGGAUAUGGAUGAUGACGGCUUCUUGGGACGUGUUCCAGAUUCAUCCUGGACAGUUCCUCAGAUCCCUUCCCCUCCUACAGCUUCGGGUUUAUAUUGGCCGAAAGUCCCUCAAUAUACAUCUGACAGUGCCAUGUCUGUUCCUGACAUAUGCUUUUCUCAUGUGCGACAGCCCCACCAUGCCCAGCAUAAUUCUAAUGUUUCCAAAAGGCGUAGGCAACUAUAAUUUGUUCUCUGAUCACUAGCUCAAUAUGUUAAAAAGAUUGUUUUUUAUCUGUUAGAGAUGGAGCGAACUUUUGAAGUUCUACCCUUCUUUAGAUCAUUUGAAGUUCAGUUUGCUACAUGUUUCUUCUAUUCACGGCAGUCUUCAUUUCUUUUUGGGAGCAAAUCCCUUAACUCUCCAUUUGUUAUUGGGAAUUUGACAAAGAAAAUAGCUGGAACAACAAUGUAAUAGGCUUCUCAUUUCAAUUUGAUCUUGUGCAUUUUAACUUAUAGUUUUAGACCACAACAUAGAUGCAUGAAUUUGGUCGUCACCAUA